CCGCACUCUUUCCCCCCCCCCCUUUUCCCCGGCCGUCUCCCCCUCCUGCGCUUCCUCCUGACGCCGUUCUUUGCUGCGGGGCCGGUUGGGCGCUGCCUGGUGGCCUCGGCUCCGGCUGUCUGUGGGGAACGGCCAUUAAAAAGCGAGCGGGCGGGCGGCCAUCGCGGCAGUCGCCAGCCUCAGGUGGACCCACCCCCUCGGUCCCCUCCCCCGCUCCCUGCCUCGCCGCCUCCCCGCCGCCGCGCAGAGAAGCUGUCCGCUGCGGGGCUGCUCGCUCCGGCUGCCGCCUCCGUCCCCCCUUCUCGCCCGCCUGCCCGCCUCUGCCGCCGAGCCCCGGCUUCCGCCCCCCGCCCCCCCACCCACCGAAGAUGGCAGGCUGGCAGAGCUACGUGGAUAACCUGAUGUGCGAUGGCUGCUGCCAGGAGGCCGCCAUUGUCGGCUACUGUGACGCCAAGUACGUCUGGGCAGCGACGGCCGGGGGCAUCUUUCACAGCAUUACGGUAAGGGGAAACCCGCGGCGCCCGAGAAGAAAGGAAGGAGCCAUCCCGGAGGGGCGGGGGCCUAUAGAAAUAGAUAUGAUUGUAGGAAAAGACCGCGAAGGUUUUUUUACCAACGGUCUGACUCUUGGUGCAAAGAAGUGUUCUGUGAUCCGAGAUAGCCUCUAUGUGGAUGGUGACUGUACAAUGGACAUCAGGACAAAGAGCCAAGGUGGCGAACCAACAUAUAAUGUUGCUGUAGGCAGAGCUGGACGAGUCUUGGUCUUCGUAAUGGGCAAAGAAGGGGUCCAUGGAGGCGGAUUGAAUAAGAAGGCAUACUCAAUGGCAAAAUACUUGAGAGACUCUGGGUUCUAGUUGCUAGGCAGACUGUUAAGUAUUAGGGAAAAUUGCUAUUAAACUUUCCUGACAGUAAUCUACAUUGUGGAAACUUUAUUAGCAAUGCAGGGUGAUGGGGAAUGAACCUGUGUCUCCUUUGUAUCCCUCUAUUGGUGGGGAAAGGUGUUAUUCUUUCUUUAUUUCUGUUCAUCCUUGUUUCCUUGUGUACUCCAGCAUUGGUUAUGGUUAUGGGAAAGAGAAACUGUCCAAAGAGGGACACUCAAUAAGAAAGCUAAUGAACUGGCUUUACACCUGCAGAGGUUUGUUAUCUAAACAACCUCUCCCCAUUCACAUAGCAACUCUCAUCACAAUCCUCUUGUGUUAACCGUACUACCAGCCUAAAGAUGGCAAUUUAUUUACACAUCUUUUCCCUGAUGUCAUGGCUUCAGUUACUCUUUUCGUUGGUAUGUUAAUCAUUGUUGUAUCCACAUUCUGUAUCUGGCACCAUCUAUUGCAAACAGAUGAUAUGCAUGAUACAUUGAAACCUUGGGAAGAAAAUCAUGCUAAGUCCAGACUUUGCUUUGUCUUAGCGAUUAAUGUGACACUGAGAACUAAACCAAUUUAAAUGAAGUGAAAUAAAGGUGCCGAUUGUACAAUCAAGAUUGAUCAAUGCCUCUUCAGCACUUUGAGCAUUUACACAGCUCAUUAGUCUUCCUUUGUAGAGCAUGGUUGGGAGGGGUAAAGUGCAUGCAUAUCUCUACUUUCUUCCCCUUGUCCUCAUCCACUUUUUUGUUUCUUUGCUUCCAUCUUCUAUCUAUAAAUACAUUUUUUAAAAUACAGUGCCUGGUUUGUUUAACCAAUUUGCUGCUUGAAAGCUGUUAAAAUUGUUGCUCUAGUUUUGUUGUUGCUCUUCUGUGUAGACUUGCAAAACUCUCCAUGAUGUCUGAAGCACAUCCUGCUUUAAAAGGGUAACUGCAAAACUAUGAAAAGGUGCCGAUGCACUUCUCCCAUCACCAAACCACCAUCACCAUCUUGAAUGAAUCCCCAGGGACAUUCCAUCACCACAAUAGCUCAGGCACGUAACUUUCUUUGCCAGCUCCUGUUCUGUAGUUGAACUGUAAAAAGGCUGCCAUCAUGGACUUUAGAUAUCCCAGUGUAACCAUCUGGAGUGUGUCCAGUUCCAUUUUUUUUUUCAUAGGACCAAUUUUGAUUUGCAGCUUGGGUUUUAUAUGAUACUGCAGUGUCACUGUCAGCAAACUGCCACCUUUGGUUAUACAGGUAGCACCUUGACUGACAUCAGUCUGUUGGAACGUUGAAAGGAUAUUAAGACUUGCUACUUUGAUACCAGUGUAUGUUUUGAAGGUUGGUAGUUUUAAAGUAAAAGUUCAAAUAAUACCAUUUCAAAUCUAAUUUUCAUUUGGCCUGUCAUGCCCUAGCUGCAGAAAUUGUGAAGUAAAUUGCCUUGUGCAUUAGUCAUCUGAAACGUGUAACCAAAUUGUCAGUUUGAGCACGGUACUAACAUGUAUGUCCAUUUAAAAGAGAACUGCAGAACUCUGUAUACCGAAAAUGAAAGAUGGUCUUGGUUGGAAUAACUGAGUUGGCUGUCUUGUGAUAAAUUUUUAAUAUGUAUUCUGUGCCAUACUAAUGUUUAAAAAAAUGAUCUUUUGCUAUUGUGAGAUGGAUUUUAACUAAAAGAAUGGCUUCUGAAUGGCACUACUUUAGGGACACUCUAGUAUUUGCUUCUAUUGUUUGAGCCUUGUGGAUAAUGUACAGACUUAAACAAAUUCUUGUUGCUGAUUUGUUCAUUUAUUUCCCUGCACUUUGUUACAUCUGGGAUACAGUCUAACUCAUCUGAUUUAAUAUGCAUUUCAAAAAAUGCCAUAACUAUUAAACACCUUGUUUACAGACAGAUGAAAUAAAUUUAUUCCAACCAAAUAAAUUAUGAAUUAGUGUGUUA